UCGAGUGGGACCUCUUCAUUUUAGGGUUUUGGUUUCUCUCCCAACCAAUAACUUCCACAAUCAAGUUUUGUUAUGUUCAGUGUUUCUUCGCAUUUGAUUCGUGUUUCUUUACUGUUCUAAAAAACCAGGUAUAAUUACAGAAAUUGCCCUUUCUACAAUUUAAAGCGAGGUUUAGAGAAAUAAGGGUGGUUGGAUUUUGAUUUGAAUUCCUCCAUGGAGUGCAACAAAGAUGAGGCUGUGAGGACUAGGAAAAUGGCCGAAGCUAGAAUGCAAAGUGGUGAUUUUGUGGAUGCACUCAGAUUGGCUACCAAGGCUAAAAAGCUGUAUGCUGAUGUUGAAAACAUUACUCAGAUUCUUACCAUCUGUGAGGUUCACAAUGCUGCCAAUAAAAAGGUCUCUGCCACUGACAUGGACUGGUAUGCGAUACUUCAGAUCGAAAGAUUUGCUGAUGAAGCAAUCAUAAAGAAACAGUACAGGAGGCUCGCACUGCUACUUCAUCCUGACAAGAACAAGUACGCUGGUGCAGAAGCUGCUUUCAAGUUGAUUGGGCAAGCCAAUGGGGUCUUGAGUGACCAAGAAAAACGUUCUUUGUAUGACAGCCGGCUCGGAAUCUCUGUAAGAGGUGCUGCGAAGAAAUCCACUGCAAAACGUGGUGUAGAAAAAUGUCAGAGAAGUUCUGAAUCACAACGUAGUUCACAUGAGAAUGUGUUCACUGCAAAGCGUGAUGAGCAUGCAACAAAUUAUCAGAAGAAUUCUUACCCUAACUCCGCUGAUUCCAACAACCAAGCUGGGCCGACAUUCUGGACAACUUGCCCACAUUGUAGUGUUAAGUUCGAGUACUCCAUACGAUAUGUGAAUGUGAACUUAUUGUGUAUGCAGUGCAUGAAAUCAUUUAAAGCUCAAGUUUUUAAUUUUGGUGCUCCACCGCCACAGCCAAAGUUUACUUCAGUAAAUAUCCAGAAAGAGGCUCCAAUUCCUGGUCCCCCAAAACCAGAUUCAGAAAGCACUGUUCAGAAACCCCUUGUUAGAGAACGUACUGCCAGGUUUGUGCGGUCAGAUACUACAUCUAUGAAAAAAUGUGCUGCUGGAGUUGGUGCUCAUUGUGAAAAGAGUAAAGAUGGCUCUGUUCCUGCAUCCAAAGUCAUGGAGCCACAAUGCUCUAAAAAUGUUGGAAGUAAGAGAGUAAGACAGUCAGCACCAGAUGCAGGAAAAAGCUUCAAAGAUAGAAACAGUGGUGAGAUGAGAGAUGCUAAUGUUCAAGAAAAUGAUCUUGAUCAUUCAAGAGCUGGUGCAAGGAGAUCUUCAAGGAAAAAACAGCGUGUUUCAUAUACCGAAACCUCUGAAGAUGAAGAUCUUGAAUUUCCUUCCAAAUCGCCACGACAAAAUGAACCGCCUAAAACCGAUGACGUUGAGAAUAAGACUGUUCCGGCAACAAAUGGAGCGUCCAACAGCAACAAUCCAGCUACUUCAACUGCUGGUGUGGCUGAUCAGAACACGGAGAAUGUAUCCGAGUCAAAAGAGCAUAACUGCCCUUCACCGGAUUCAAAUAUUCCUUCUAGUCCAAACAUCCUUUCUUGUUUUGACGCAGAAUUCAAUGAUUUCGAAAUGGACAAGGAGGCGGAUCGCUUUGGUGUUAAUCAAAUAUGGGCAGCGUAUGAUAGCGGUGAUGCGAUGCCAAGAUUUUAUGCUAUAGUCAAGAAAGUGCUUUCCCCUUUCAUGUUGAAGAUUACUUGGUUGGAGGCUGAUCCAGAUGACGAUGAAGAGCUUGAUUGGCAGGAUGCAGAUUUGCCUAUUGCCUGCGGUAAGUUCAGACUUGGUAGUUCUCAGAAAACUACAGAUCGUACUAUGUUCUCUCAUCAGGUGCGGUGUGUAAAAGAAACUGGCAGAGGUUCUUAUAUGGUAUAUCCCCGUAAAGGAGAAACAUGGGCAAUUUUCAGAGAUUGGGAUAUCAACUGGAGUUCUGAUCCAAAUAAACAUUUAGCGUAUGACUAUGACUAUGUGGAGAUCUUAUCAGACUUUUCUGAAAACGUGGUCAUCGCUGUUGCCUAUCUGGGCAAAGUGAAAGGAUUUGUUAGCCUCUUUCAGCAAACUUCAGAGAAUGGAGCGGUCAAUUUUUAUGUCCGGCCUCAUGAGCUUUAUAGGUUCUCGCAUCAAAUUCCUUCUUAUAAGAUGUCUGGUAAUGAGAGGGAGGGUGUUCCAAGAGGAUCUUUUGAAUUUGAUCCUGCUGCCUUGCCUUCUAAUCUCUUUGAAGUUGGUGAUUCGGGUAAUUUGAAGAUGAAUAGCUGAAACAACAGAGUAGAGGCUGAUGAAAGUAAUUUUGCUUGAACUGGUUCCCUUAUCCUUGUACGUUCGUCAAGGGGACAAUAGAAGGACGGUUAAUAGUCAAGAAGCGUAAAAUGGUACCUGCUCCAUGCUAGGCUAACGAGGGGAGUGAAGUGUCAUGAAGAAAUUGAAGACAGAUGAUUUCUUCGUUUUGUAUUUUGAUUUAACCCAUAAAUGAUUUUCCCUCUGUAGCUUUUUGUUAGUCCGUCCUUUCUGAUUUUUCCAUGGCAUGGCAGUUUCUUGAUUUGCCUUGUUAGCAUGGGUGACCACCUAGGAUCCACU